GUUACGGGUUGUAGGAAAACGGAUGUGUCAAGUUGAGCGGAAGUGGUACUGCCCAGAGCGACUGAAGAGCGAGAAGGAGGACGGACACUCCGACUGUAUCUUUCACGGAUAAAGGCAGGACUAAACGCCGUUUAAACUCUGAAAAUGGACAAGAGUGAUUUGGUGCAAAAAGCCAAGCUGGCUGAACAGGCAGAGCGCUAUGAUGACAUGGCUACUGCUAUGAAGGCGGUGACCGAAGGUGGCAUGGAGCUGUCCAAUGAAGAGCGCAAUUUGCUUUCCGUGGCCUACAAGAACGUGGUAGGUGCUCGCCGCUCCUCCUGGCGCGUGAUCUCCAGCAUUGAGCAGAAGACCGAAGGCAAUGAGAAGAAGCAGCAGAUGGCACGCGAGUACCGAGAGAAGAUCGAGAGUGAGCUGCAGGAGAUCUGCAACGAUGUUCUGGGUCUUCUGGAGAAGUUUUUGAUUCCCAAUGCCUCUCAAGCUGAGAGCAAGGUGUUUUACCUGAAAAUGAAAGGCGAUUAUUAUAGAUACCUGUCUGAGGUUGCAUCUGGAGAGUCUAAGACCACCACAGUUGAUAAUUCCCAGAAGGCUUACCAGGACGCAUUCGAGAUCAGCAAGAAAGACAUGCAGCCCACGCACCCCAUACGGCUUGGUCUGGCACUCAACUUCUCUGUCUUCUACUAUGAGAUCCUCAACUCUCCUGAGAAGGCUUGCAACCUUGCCAAGACGGCCUUUGAUGAAGCCAUUGCUGAGCUUGACACCUUAAAUGAGGAUUCCUACAAAGACAGCACCUUGAUCAUGCAACUACUAAGGGACAAUCUCACCCUGUGGACGUCGGAAAACCAGGGCGACGAGGCAGAUGCAGGUGAAGGAGAGAACUAGAGGAGCUGCACUGAUCUCCAAACACACGCACACACAUACACUCAUCUUAAUUAAAAAAUAAUAAUAAUACACAGACGGCUUCCCCCAACCCCCAACCCCCAUCCCACCCCACCGUACCUUUCCCUAUUUUACAUUCCCCAAUCCCUCCUACUUUACAUUCCCCACCUUUAUCCAUGUAACCCCCUAUUUCCCUCCAGCACCCACCCCUUGUCCUUUUACCUUCUGUAUGAUCAUCACAAGACACACCUGAAGCAAGACACACACUGAAGCCCCUCACACAGGCACCGGUGGCAGGAAAGGGGGCGGGGGGCUCACAGGGUGACAUGCCGAUGUCAGCAGGUCCAGUCAUUUUGUGAAUUUAACAUGGUUGUACUGAAUAGCAAGGCCCUAUAUGUUGUGUGCAUGGUUAUGCGAAUGAGAGUCAGAGAGAGUAAUUGAGCGAGUGUGUGUGCACGUGAGAGAGUGAGUGAGUAAACUUGAGAUUGAGUGCGUGGAUGGCUGAGAAUGAACGAGUGUGUGUGUGUUUUGGAGUCGGGGGUUAUGAACUCUAAUAGUCCUUCCUUAUGAUUCCCAUUUUUCCACCUUAGCUGGUUGUGCAUUUUCAUCUUUUUUUUUUCUUCUUUUUUUUGUUAUGGACAUUUUUUUAGUGUUAUUCGUCAUGGUAUUUGCAGGUUUUAUUGUAUGGUUAUUAAACUGGCAGUUUAUUUUCACCAAACACUGUAAUUCUUGAGUUUUGUAUCUUGUUUUUGGACCUAUGAUGCUAUGCCUCUCAGCGUGAAUUCCUGGUGUCGCUAGGGUAAUCACUGAAAGCCCUGUUUGGACACAUGGUCAAAUGGCCAUUUCAUAAAGUAAAUGUCUGAAAAUUAAA